AUGGCUGCAGGUAACAGGCCAAAGUUGUCUCUGAAGACUUCAGGUCUUACGGUCAACUAUAAUGCGAGCACCACCAGUCGGAUUUCAGUCAAUACGGGUGUGACCAUGACGCCGACUAGUUCGAAUACUUUUGCCAACACUUUCGACCUUGUCUACCGCCCAUCGCCGGUCUCUACGAUUUCGUCGCCAGCAACAGUGACGCAGCGGAAACCGGCGGGCCAUCCUCUGUCUGCCACAGCGAGAUCCCCAGGGCAACCAUAUAGCCUCAAUCUACCGUUCGGGUUGCAAUCAAUCUUGAAGAACAGUCCUCUACCCAAGGAUAUUCGUCGACCAUCCGCCUGUUCGGCUGAUGCGUCCACUCGAAUCUCAGGGAGGCGUGUCUUCUUUCCGCCGACAAAGAAGGUGACGUUCCGGGUGAUCCUGGAGGAGGAAAUCGUCACAACGGAAUAUGUGAAAUGCCAUGCAGACCUGAGCUCGUCCGAUGACGAGUCAUCUUCGUCUGAGCUUGAGGAGGAGAGCAGCACUCCCUUAGGAGAUGGCAACAAAGGCUUUAGGGAGACCCAGGUUCGAGUAGAUGAAUACACUGGACGUGGGAGGCGGAAGAGAAAGUCUGUAACUUCUUCUGAAGCCGAUGAGGGGGACUGGACACGAGGGAGACGCAGUAGAUCGAGAAGCACAUCCGCCCGGAGGACAAAGCGGAAAAAGAGGAGGUGGGAAUGGACCGCAGAGCUGGGUCCGCCCGUGGUUGACCUCGAAGUUGGAACAGAAGCCACGAUUGUGGGAGUUCAAGCCGUCACGCAUGGGCAGCCACCGGCAUCUGAUGUAUCUGUAGAGAAAGCCGUACACCUGGAUCAGGCAGCGACUCAAUGA